AUGGAGACCGAGUCUUGUGUUGAGGAGAAGAAUGGUGAUGCUGCUGUAAAUAUCGUCAAACAGCCAGUAACCACAACUCCUUUCAGAUACACCAAGGUGAUUAUAAAUAUAUUCCUUUAUCCGUCAGUCAUACAUAGUUGUUUUCAAAUCAAAUUCAGCAUUAUUCUUUUGUACACAGGAGGAACUUCUGGAAAUAAAAGAACUGCCAGUCUCUAAUGAAAGGCCGGAGUGUCUCUCUGAAAAAUACGACAGGUAAACCACACACAGUCCAGUAUUAUUCUCCUUUCAUCGGUGCAACAUUUUACCCCUCAACCUUGCUUUCCAGAGAGACAGACAUUUUUAGCACCAGUCCGAUAGUUGUCAUAUUCUUUUUCUUUUAGAUUUUUCCUCUAAUUUCUGUAACACAUAACUAACUGGGAUUUGUUUGAAAGCCUCAAGAACUGAGGUUUACAGAACAAAGCACUUUGACCUCACAUGCUAGCACAGAGAUCAAAGUAUGCGUUAAAACGCUUUGUCUGAUUGCAGAAAGAGAUUGAAGUGUGAAGCAUCCAGUCACAGAUUUCAGUACAUGAUACUUAAAAUCUAUCAGGUUAUGAGGCACAGCUGAUGUGCUGAAAAAAGGUUAUCAAAAAUACAAUUUUCUUACUUUGAUGAACAAAAUAAUCAGUUUAUCUUGGCUCUUCCGGGUCGUUAUUGUCUUUUCAGUCUUAAAGUUGAGUGAAAUCCAUCCAAAUUCUUUGAGGGAACCACAUACAGUGGAUAAGAUAUAUCAAUAGAUUUAUAAUCAAUGUGAUGUAUCUUCUGUAGAAUACACUUGUUAGUGAGUUUUUUUUUUUAUUGAACUUUGAGUUGGAUGUUGAAUAAAGAAAUGAAGCCCUUGUAGGCCUGAUUUAUUAUUAUUAUUUUUCUAAUUUAACAAAACAUCAAGGUCUAAAUUUAUUCACAUCUGAAAGAGUGUUUUAGAAGCCAUCUUUGACACUUUGGGCGUCUGCUGCAGGAGUUUUGAUCAGAUUGUUGAGUAACUUUGUUUUUACCCUGCAAACAUCUUCUGAUUGAAAUAAUUCUUUGCUGACAGCAAGUGACGGUCAAGCUGUCGUCCUACUGAUCAAAAGCACAAAGACACACUAAUGAGAUGAUAAACUGGUAUUUUGUCUACAGCAAGCAGUCUUGGAGUGUCCUUUUAACAGGGUUCAAAUUGUGUUUUGAUGCAGUGAUGGUGUUUGGGAUCCUGAGAAGUGGCAUGCUUCAUUAUAUCCCACUUCAGAGCGUAACUCUCCAGUGGAAGGCUUUAAGAAGGACUAUGUUGAUGAUAGAGUUCCUUUGAAGCGAAGAAUCCCAGGUAACAGACGAACAGUUUAUGUUUUAAAUUAAAUCAGCCUCUUAAAGGUUGACUUGUUCUAUGGCAGAAACUUUGAUCAUUGAGCAGCUCUUGAGUCUGCUUUAAGAAAUGCUCAGUAUGGAUGUUUUGUUGUGUUGAUUAGUUUUUCCGUUUGUUUGAAAACUGAGCCUUUUUCCUUGUUGUAUGAAGAUCCUCGUGAACGGUUAAAGGAAGAUGAUCUGGAUGUCAUACUGAGCCCACAGCGACGCAGUUUUGGAGGUGGAUGUCAAGGCGUCGCAGCUCUUGCACCCCAUGUCCGUCGUCCAAUCAGUCCCCUGGAAAAUAAGGAGAAUGAGAGUCUCAGACUGGGAGGGGCACGCAGAAUUGGAAGUGGUCGCAUAAUUGCUGCCCGGGCAUUCGAGAGAGAAGCCCGUGCAGAGAAGGAGCGGGAACGGGAGAGGGACUUCAAAGAUAAAAGAUUCAGGGUUGGUGCCUUGUACUGACCCAUCUUUUAUAUGUUGCAUAUAUAUUCAGUAUAUAGUUAUAAAUUAGUCAGAUAAAACCUUUUGAGAAAGAGGCUCAACAGGACAGUACUGGAAAAGGAGAGCUUUCCAGCCUAGUGUCUCUGAUUUCAUAUGAAAGUCAAAAAAAAGUUUAUCAGUUGUUUGCCUUUUGUAAUAAGCACCUCCACUAGUCAUGCGAAGGUGCUGUAUGAAUUAGAAAGUACUUUUUUAGGGAUGUGCUGAAACUGCUUAUUUAACUAUUUAACUAUUUAAAUAGGAAUAUAAAUUCUGACUAACUGGCUCGUUGAAAGAUAAGAAAAGUCAAAAUGGAGCACAAUUUAUGAAACAGGACUGAGCAAGGCAUCAAGAUCUGUAGGUAAACAAUGUCAAAUCUGUUUGCCAAGUGUGGCUACUGUUAGCAGAGCACCACCACCCUUCAGCGUGUUGUUAGUCCUUUCUCUGGUCAAACAGUUAUACAGCAGUUUAACCAGACAAAGCCGUGAAACUGUAUCUCCCCAUUUUCUCCAUCAAAGUGCUCUAAAACAAUACUGCAUUAUGAGAUGCUAUCUGUCAUCUGUGCUUGCUUACAUUAAAGUUGUAGAGCAUUCUAGCAUUGUUCAUUAUCUGGAGCCAAGGGUAUUAGCAGCGGCACAAGAGGGAUCACAUAAUUGUACAGAGCUUGUGUAAUUGUUAAGUCAUCUAAAGGCACACAUCCCUUUGGCAUAGAAUGUGGUUAUUUCAUGUUAAAGUUAACCGUAUACAAUUUUUACAAAGUGCAAACAGGGAUCGUUAUUUGUUUCAUAUGCUCACUUGCAGAGAGAUUUCGGUGACAAACGUGUGUUCACUGAAAGGAGAAGGAAUGACUCUUAUGCUGAGGAGGAGCCAGAGUGGUUCUCUGGGGGUCCCACCAGCCAGUCAGAGACGAUUGAGCUCAUUGGAUUUGACGACAAAAUUCUGGAAGACGACAAGCGCAGGUCCAAGCGUUCGAGGAAGAGAGCGGAGUCUGUAAAAGAAGGCACGUCACAGCCCUGUUCUUAAGAAUUUCUGCACAAAUGUGUUUUUUAACCUGUUUUUCCUGGUGUCGUGUUGACAAACUGCACAAUUCUGGUAACUUGGUAAGGGAUUCUGAAGAUUGCUGUUUCUGUUGUUGCACGUUUUGCAGUGGUGGAAUGUAAUGGUGGACAGCCUGAAGAGCAGGUGGUUUUACAGUCCACUGCUGAUCAGGAGGUUCCCCACCCUGAUGUGUUACCUGAGCAGACGACUGGUGACUUUGACUUUAAUGAAUUCUUCAAUCUGGAGAAGACCAUGCCAGGACUGGCUUCGGUAAGUGCUGGGGGGCACUGUGUGAGUCUGCUGGUGUUUUUGUUUUGUUUUUUAAAGGUUUACACGUCACAGUUGGGUUGGCAUUUAAAUCUCAGUUUGUCUUUAUGCAUUGUUGAUGUAUUCCUAUCAGUGCAAGCCUAACAUCAGAGUUUAAGUGGUCCUUCCCGCAAAGUUGAAACACAUGUUUUUCAUUUUAUGCAAUCGUGGCUUAGCUAGCUUAGAAAUGGCUUCGUUGAGGAAAGCACAUUUCAUAUAAAUGUUUUAUUAAACUCAAAAAUGGCCUCUGCUGCACUGGCUUGAUCUCACUGAACUGAAACUGUGGUGAGGGGUCACUGUCUCUGGUGCCUUUUUUCUAAAUGUUUUUAUGUCAUUGGGCAACUGCAUGGGGUUACAAUAAGGAAGAAAACCAUCCAAAUUUAUGCCCAUCAUUAUAUCUAGAUUUAAACUGCUACCAAUUGGACAACCAAGCAAAUACUGUAAACUAAAUAAAAGCCGUGAACUGCCUGGUUAAAGGCAUUAGAUAAACUCGAGGCCAAACAGCAGUGCCUUCAAUGACACUGCCCUUCAUCUCCUAACAAGUGCUAAUUCAAUGGAUAACACCAGAAACGUAAGUGUCUCAUUUGUCCUUAGUAUCCUUUUGUUGGCUGAUUUUAAUUUAUGUUUUCGUUUCCCCCCCUGUUUCUCACAUGCACCUGUCUAUGUCUUGCAGAUGAUAGAGGAUGUCCUAGGGGAGGGCCCUGUAUCAGCUAGCCGCUUCAGUCAGUGGUUUUCCAGUAACCUGAGCCCUUCAGGCAGCCAGUCCAGCAGUCUGAGGUCCACUCCUCACGAGGAGCUGGAAAAACUGGCAGGUAAAUGAUUGAUUGAAGAAAAGAGUCUCUUUUUAACAUGUUGCUCACAGUUAUUCAAAGUAACCUUAAAGUUAUGUAUGUUUAAGGAGUACCUCAAAGAUGAUUUUACAUGUUUAAGUUUUCAGGACAUUGCCUGUUGAAGUCUGAACUUGCCCAGAUAAUUCAUUAAAUUUGCCUCAUGAACCAGACCAGGCCGUACCCCGCUCUGAGUGUAUAGUAUUAAGAUCUUAACUUUUUUCAACCACAAACUGCUGCUCAGCUGAACCCAUUCCAAUCCCGGCCAGACAUUUACAGUACAUUCUUUCUUUUGUAAUUUAUAAUCCUCCAAAUUCUUUGCUUUCAAAUCUUGAACCCUUUUGCUCCUCCAAAGGGCUUGAGCCCCGAUGUACUUCCCCAAGCCGCGGCCCUGCCUCAUAUUUUACGCCUAUCCAAUCUUCAGAGUGCAAGGAGAAUGUGGACAUCCUGGAGCUCCUGCACAAAGCUAAGAUAGACCUGAAGCCCCUCCUUUCCACGCUGUCCGUCAACAAGGCGAGGCUACGUGAAAGCAGUAAGAGCUCGCUCAUUUUAUUUGCUUGCAUUGUCAUUUUACAUCACUUAAGCUGAUUAUUACACUAUGGAUACACAGUGUAAAAGAUCGCUUGCUUGCACACAGUGGCACAUUUGAACAUCUGAUUACAACCGUCAUUGGCCUGUCAAAUAUGGACAGGCUAACAUUUUUGGUGUGUGACAGCACUGUGAAUGUUGUCUCUGCUUGCGUAGUGAUAGAGUUAAAGAUUGAUUGGCUGAGUAAUGAGUUAACGGUUGGUUAAAUCCUGUCCAAAGCCUUUCUCUUGUCACUGCAGCCAGGAAUUAGUGAUAAAGCACUAUUAAGUCUUGCGUUGCCAUAGCAAUCGCUAACAAUCCAAUCUGUAAAAUUGGAAGUAAGAUGUGUUUUAUUGAUACACUUUCUUUUUUAACUUGUAACCCACAGAUAAUGUAUGCAAAAACAGCCAGGCAUUUGUAAUUGAAUUUUAAGUGAACAGUAUAAUUCCUUCAUGCACCUCAACAUGUUAAUUCCUUUUUUUGUCUCCAAUCUUUGAAAAAUUAAACAUUUUCUGCAGAGAUCCACUGAGUUCUGCUUUUUUUUUCCUCCAGUUAUUUGUAGGUCCACAUAUGCUAGACUAAUUUUAAUACUUAUGCUUUGUGUCCAUGUCUUUAAUCUAAGUAGCACUUUAACAAGUUGAUUAUCUUUGUCUUCAGCUAGCUGUGGUGCGGUGCUUUCACUGGAGGAAGUGGAGGGAGAGAUGAAGGGGAUGAAGCUAAGCUCAGGACCUCAGGUACGGAAGAUGCCACCUCCACAGAGAGGAAACGGCACACCUUUCAUGGCGGAACAUUUAGAAGAGGCACUGACUGGUGCCCCAAGUGCCCGUCCACACUCACGUGACUCAGACAUGUCAGCCUUUAAUAAAUUGGUCAGCAGCAUGAAGGCAAGUGGAACUCUGCCAACUCACCCCAAAACAAAUUCAAACAAUGUAAGUACUCCUAUGGAUUUAAAUACUUUUUUAUUUACAUUGAUCCAGGCUAAAAUGAAUUCAUAACAAUUCCAUUGUAUAUCAUGGUACCCAAAAAAUUUUCCUGAAAUGAUGCUAUGUGCAUGUUUAUUUUAUUUUAACUGAUAAAGAAAUUGUACAAACCAGAAAGUGAUGGGCAUAAAUUUUUCAAAUUUGUUUAGGAUGGUUGUUUUGCAGUUUGUGAAGUGUCCUUUUUAAUGCAAGUCAGAUACUUAAUUGGUGAUUUUUAUUUUUAUUUCCAAAGGCGUACUUGACUUGCACAGGGGACAUUUUAAUUGAAAAUUGCGCAUGAAAAUCCAUCUGACUGAAAAGCUGGUCUUUUUUCAGCUGGAUGGGUUUUUGUUUUUAAAUAUGUGUUUACUGAGAUUGCACCUGCGAAAAUCUCUCCCUCUACAGCAAACUUCAGAUCAAGCUGUGGUGACGGCGUCUGAGGCGCCCGCACAACAGAAAAAUAUAUUUCAGGUAUGUUUAAUUUUUCCCCUCUUUGGCAUAAGUUGACCUAUGUUUAGGGUGUCUUUUUAAAACUGCAUCUGUAAAAUAUUAGUUUAGAACCUAAACUGCAAUUGUAAGAACAGUUGUAUCCUGUGUGCAUGUCUUGAAGGAGCUCUUGGGAGGUCCGGCACAUAGUGGCUCGCCUACACUACUUGGCAAUCUGUUGGGCAGCUCUGAGGGUCCGACCACCUCUGCCCCUCUUCAUGGCUUACUACACAAGGGCCCCUCACCCCCUCUCUUUCCACAGAGGGCACCGUCACCUGACUAUUUCAGCAGUCGGUUGCAACCUUCAGCGGGUAAGCUCUUUUGAUUUGUACAGGAGAGUGUUUCUGUACAUGGUGGAGCCCUUGACAAGACAGUCCACCCGAGAACAGUCAAGUAUCAAACAAGAGAAAGUGUAAUCGUCUAUCAAAACAUCACUGUAGCAUCAAGCAGAUGGCAGGAAUGCAAUCCAUGACACGAAAGUAGCAGCACAAGUUUAAGAGAAGGAUAUGGUAAGACAAGGUGAGUCUUCUGCAAGAACUUGAAAGUUGACUUUUGUCCUCAUUCAGCUCUCCCUCUUCUUGGAGCUUUGCAGUUGGACACAUUUUUGAAUAUAAGUGAGGCAAAAGUCACAUCUUAGAUCACUGCCGCCAUUAUCACCAACCCCCUAUGGUUUAAGUUUCUAUGUAGCGACUAGUGACUAGAUAGGAACUCGCCAGCUCUGCUGCCAUUGCCUGGAUUCCAGGACAGGAUCCAACAUCAAAACACACAUUUUGAUAAGCCCCAAAAAGUCGGCAUGCUCACGAAAACUGCUUUGUCUAAGUGUCGGUCAACAAUCAGGAACUCUUUUUCACAUAUUAAUUCAAUGUGGCGUGUGAUAUGGUUGUCUGACUAUUCUCAUGCUACACAGUGUUGAUAAUGGUUGUCAGUGGGUUUUGACCAAUCAGAAUCAAGUAUAGAACACAAAUCUCUUGAUUGGCGAGGAAGCCGGUGAUAAGCUGCAAUAUUUUGUCUUCUCUUUCAUACUUGAAGGUUUUACUGUUGGUCCUCAGCCCAUGCUACCAGAGCAGUUUUCUGAUGUACACAGGUCCAUAAGCCCUCGCUCUGCCACGCAACAACAGGUAUUGUAAAACUAAAUUACUAUUUGUUCUAAAUUAGCGAAUUAAUUCAUCUUUUUUAAAGGAAAAAAAAGGGGUAUUGGUAGUUGAGGUUUUUGAACACACUUAUUUUUAUUUAAGAAAGUCCCUUCCCCUCUUUCUUUGAGACAUCAAUAGAUGGUCUCUUAAGUUGUAUGCAUUCUGUUUGUCCAGAUGAGGGCGCUCUCUAUGCCAAUUAAUCAGGCUGACCUAGAAGCUUUGGCAUUCCAACAAGAUCUUGCUCUACAUGCCCACCACUCAUUCCAGUCUGGCUACAAGCCACAACAGGACAAAUCUUAUCGAACCAGGUGAGAUUUUUCUUUUGACCCACUUAAAUACUCUGAAGAUAUGUCCUAUGAAAACAAUGACGCACAGAGACAAACAAUAUCUGUUACCUUAUGUUAGUUUUGUCCUGCUGACAUCCUUGUGCUUCACAGACUGCAACGUGUAAAUCGUUCCCCUGGUCCAGGUCCUCAGCCCGCUGGAAGAAACUCUCCAGGCAACCCUGUCACCAGCAUGGUGAGCAUUAACACUUUCAUCUCUAGCCUUUAGUGUUCAUUUAAAAAAUAAAGUUCUUGAGUGUUCUUAACUUCGAUAUCACGUUUUAUUGGGGAUUUACUUUGUGCUACAGUUGUCUCCAUCAUUUACACCCACGUCUGUGAUCCGAAAAAUGUAUGCCACAAAAGAGAAAAGCAGGGAUGAACCUUCAGGCCGCUCCGACUCCAAGGAGGAGGCAGCAGGGCAUUCUCAAGACGGUACCAAGAUUCGUAUAACUCACAAUUUCCUAAUCUUGUGCUGCGUUUGAGUUACCUCGGAAAUCAGAUGUCCAAGCUGGGAAUGACGUCACACCCGAGUUACCAGCGUUUCAGUUACCAAGUCAUAACAAAGGAAAAUUGGAGGCGGAAACAAGAUAGCUACAUCUACGAAAGUUAUUUUAACGCUUGCCUUGUCCUUGCUUACAUUUGGACAAGGCCAGCGCUAAACUAACCUUCGUAGAUGUAGCCAUCUUGUGUGACGUAAUUUCCAGCUCGGACUUCUGACUUCCGAGGUAACUCGAACGCAGCAUUCGCUACAGCUCAAGUACUUCAGUAUCACAACUUUUGGAUUUUCAUUUGGGAAAUAUUACAGAAAACGGCUCCCCAAAUCUAUAUCUGGAGGCACUGGAAGGAAAUGCCGUCCAGUCUGGGGGAAUGAAGGCCAACUCCCAGAACUUGCCAAACAAAGACCCGGAUCGUCUCAGGCCUGGCUCUGCUGGACACCACACACCCACCAUGGUACAUCCAGGACCUUCCUCAUCUUUCCCUCGUCCUAUCUACCCAGUACCGUUGCUAUCCCAUGUACCUAUGGUGCGGCCUCCGCCUCAACUGCACCCUAAUGUGGUUCAACGAAUGCUGGCCCAGGGUAUCCAGCCCCAGCAGCUUGGACCUGCUCUCGUACAAGCCGGUAGGUGUUGGUCCUCUAUUGUCCAUAUACUUAUUUGCUCCUCGUCAGUCUGUAACAAAACUUCUUGCGUACAUCAGGUAUAUUCCCACCACACGUCGACCUUGCUCAACUUCAAGGUUUGCCUCCUGCCUUGCUUGGACAACCACUGUACCCUCUUAAUACUACAGGGCAUCCACUUCUACCUCCUCGAGCCAACACUCAAAUGCAGUUAGCAGUAAUGCAGCAGCAACUUCAGCAACAGAGACCAAGUGAGUGCAAAUAUUGACAGUUGAGAAUGAGUUAACAAGGCAUUAAACAAGUAUGCCUCACCGUACAGUAAAUAUGUAAGAGAAUUUGACCUCAUGUAUGAAAACUUGUUUUGUGUUGCCUUAGCUCUUUGUUAAACCUUUUUUGUCUCCUUGCAGUACAUCAAGGUGUCCCAGGCGCUCCGUCACAGAGCCAAGGCCCUCAUCGGACAAACGGCCCCCAGCAACACGGGGACGGCCCCCCCUUAGGCCUUGCCAAGUGGUUUGGAUCAGACGUGCUAGAACAGCCACUUCCUUCCAUGCCUGCCAAGGUCAUAAGUGUAGAUGAGUUGGAGUUGAGGCCAUGA